AGAAAAAGGUCAGCAGCAGGAGUACGAUAUGGAUUUUAUCUCACGACGAAAAGUGGGUCACAUCAAAAGCGCCUGUGCGCACGCUUCGAUUAUCGAUUGAAACGUUACGUGCCUUGAGUUCGUACGCUGGAUCUCAUUUAUGUGAAUGCAGUGACUGUGGAUGUUCGUAGUGUGACUUUCUCGCAGUAGGCCAGUGGCUGACAUCUUUCGUUUGUGGUCCGUGCAUGAUCGUGAGUUUCGGAAAAAUGCGGUGAAAUUCAAUAUACAGCGACGUGCCUUCGCGAAAUCGGCCAUUUUGAUAGUGCGUGUUUCGCGAAAACGAUAGGAUCACUUUUGGCAGCUACCCUCAACGGUUGUGCGUGAAAGUGGUGGCAGCUCGGUGUCGCCCACAGGACACAGCCGUAAAACUGAAAACGAUCGUGUUCUUGGGCUAGUGAGCAGUCUCAACAAAAUGGCAGGAAACGCGGGUAUGGAACAAUUAAUUCCGAUUGUGAAUAAGCUGCAGGAUGCCUUCACACAGCUUGGGGUGCACAUGCAACUUGAUUUACCACAAAUCGCAGUAGUAGGUGGUCAGAGUGCAGGAAAAAGUUCUGUUCUUGAAAACUUUGUUGGAAAGGAUUUCUUACCUAGAGGAUCUGGUAUUGUAACCAGACGACCACUUAUCUUACAAUUGAUUAACAGUACAACUGAAUAUGCUGAAUUUCUACAUUGUAAAGGUAAAAAGUUUGUGGAUUUUGAUGAAGUACGGAAGGAAAUCGAAGCAGAAACAGACAGAGUUACAGGCAGUAAUAAGGGUAUUUCUAAUAUACCAAUAAAUUUAAGAGUAUAUUCACCUAAUGUUUUGAAUUUAACAUUAAUUGAUUUACCUGGCCUCACAAAAGUACCAAUUGGAGAUCAACCAGUAGAUAUAGAAGCUCAGAUUAAAGCUAUGAUUUUUCAGUUUAUUAAAAGAGAAAAUUGUCUUAUAUUGGCAGUAACACCAGCAAAUACUGAUUUAGCAAAUAGUGAUGCUCUUAAACUUGCUAAAGAAGUAGAUCCUCAAGGUGUACGUACAAUUGGUGUUAUUACAAAAUUAGAUCUUAUGGAUGAUGGUACUGAUGCAAGAGAUAUUUUAGAAAACAAAUUAUUACCUUUGAGACGUGGGUAUAUAGGUGUUGUUAAUAGGAGUCAAAAAGAUAUAGAAGGUCGAAAAGAUAUAAAAAAUGCUUUGGCAGCAGAAAGAAAAUUUUUCUUAAGCCAUCCAUCUUAUCGGCAUCUAGCAGACAGAUUAGGAACACCAUAUUUACAACGUGUAUUAAAUCAGCAAUUAACAAAUCAUAUCAGAGAUACUUUACCAGCAUUAAGAGAUAGAUUACAAAAACAAUUGCUUACAUUGGAAAAAGAUGUAGAACAAUACAAACAUUUCAGACCUGAUGAUCCUGCCAUAAAAACUAAAGCUAUGUUACAGAUGAUACAACAACUUCAGUCAGAUUUUGAAAGAACUAUAGAAGGUUCAGGAUCUGCACAAAUCAAUACAAUGGAGCUUAGUGGAGGUGCAAAAAUAAAUAGAAUAUUCCAUGAACGUUUUCCAUUUGAAAUUGUCAAAAUGGAAUUUGAUGAGAAAGAAUUAAGAAGAGAAAUUGCUUUUGCUAUUAGAAAUAUUCAUGGUAUCAGAGUAGGUUUAUUUACUCCCGACAUGGCCUUUGAGGCAAUAGUCAAGAAACAAAUCAAUAGACUCAAAGAACCUAGUUUAAAAUGCGUGGAUUUAGUUGUACAGGAACUUAGUAAUGUUGUACGCAUUUGUACUGAUAGGAUGUCACGUUAUCCCAGAUUGAGAGAAGAAACGGAACGUAUUAUAACUACUCAUAUUAGACAACGAGAACAAUUGUGUAAGGAACAAUUGAUACUUUUGGUUGACUGUGAACUAGCAUAUAUGAACACGAAUCAUGAAGAUUUUAUUGGUUUUGCCAAUGCACAACAAUCUUCAGAAAAUGCUGUUAAAUCUGGUCGUCAUACAUUAGGCAAUCAAGUAAUACGUAAAGGAUACAUGUGUAUCCAUAAUCUAGGUAUAAUGAAAGGUGGCUCAAGAGAUUAUUGGUUCGUUUUAACGUCAGAGAGUAUUUCAUGGUAUAAAGAUGAAGAAGAACGUGAGAAGAAAUAUAUGCUACCUUUAGAUGGAUUGAAAUUGCGCGAUUUGGAACAAGGAUUUAUGUCUCGGCGGCAUUUGUUUGCUUUAUUCAAUCCAGAAGGCAGAAAUGUUUAUAAAGAUUACAAACAGCUAGAAUUAAGUUGUGAGACUCAAGAUGAUGUUGAUUCAUGGAAAGCUUCUUUUCUCAGAGCUGGUGUAUAUCCUGAAAAAUCAACAGAACAAGCAAAUGGUGAAGGAGAGGAUAAAUCAAAACAACGGUACGAGAAAAACGGUACAGUUAAUACGAAAAAUGGUGGAUCAGAAGCUCAAUCAUCCAUGGAUCCUCAACUUGAACGCCAAGUGGAGACUAUUAGAAAUUUAGUAGAUUCAUAUAUGAAAAUUGUUACAAAAACAACUCGUGAUUUGGUUCCAAAGACAAUUAUGCUUUUGAUUAUUAACAAUGCAAAAGAUUUCAUUAAUGCAGAACUAUUGGCACAUCUAUAUGCAAGUGGUGAUCAGGCUUCCAUGAUGGAAGAAUCGCCCGAAGAAGCACAAAAACGAGAAGAAAUGUUACGCAUGUAUCAUGCGUGUAAAGAAGCACUUCGUAUUAUUGGAGAUGUUUCCAUGGCGACAGUGUCUACUCCAGUCCCACCACCUGUGAAAAAUGAUUGGUUAGCAUCCGGCGAAAAUCCAAGUCUUGGGUUAUCACCACCAUCUCCUGGUGGACCAAGACGUGGAGUGACACAGCCACCCCCUCUUUCUAGUUCUCGAGCUCCACCUCCAGUUCCUACGGGUGGCCGACCAGCGCCGGCUAUUCCUAACCGACCUGGACCUGGUGGACCUCCGCCAGCCCGUGCUACACCUGGCCUACCUCCUCCUCUUAUACCAUCUCGUGGGGGUGGUCUUCAGCAGAGGGUGACGCAAGCUGCGACGCAGGCCGCUGCUAAUGCCGCCGUGAACGAGCUGAUGGAUGCAUUCAAGAUCAAGCGUCCCGUACCCAAUAUUCCUCCCCGAAUUCCCGACAGACCGUACUACGGCCGAUUAAACUGAGCUAGUCCAUGGAAAGCACACGACACCUGUGCACACCCCACGCCCGAGAGUAUUCGAAGAAAGAGUUUCGUUUCCGAAACGAGCCGAUGACCGGGGACACGAGCUCAGCACGAGACGAGAAAACGGUGGAAGACAAUGUGAUGGUUUUUACCUACCGACGCAUUGACUGAUUCGAAAUGAUGAUGGGUGACGGUGAGAGAGAAUCCAAGGUUUCGGGAGAGAAUCUUCCGAAUUCGAGAGGAGCGCAGGACGCGUCGCGUCCUAUUCUUUUUUUUUCUCUCUUUCUCUCUCUCUCUCUCUCUCUCUCUCGAGAUCUUCGCCCUCCUUUAAUCUUGGCUAUGUACAAAAAAAAAAAGAAAAGAAAAAAAUAAGAAAAUGUCUGAUCUUCGUCGCGUUGCGCGUGUGAAGAGGAAGAUUUGAUUGGAUGAAAAAGGAGGGAAUUGAUGGACGAGGAGGAGGAGGAGGAGGAGGAGGAGGAGGAAACAAGGAGGAACAAGGCUGUGCCACGAAAACAAAAGGGAAGAGAAAGAGGGACCAAGAAAUGAUGAACAGACAGGGGCAAGGCGAGGGAAAGCGACGUGUAUAUAUAUAUAUAUAUAUAUAUGCAUAUAUAUAUAUAUAUAUGUGUGUGUGCUGUGCCUAGUCUGUUAUAUCUAUCGAUGGUCGACAGCCGGAGAUCCAAUCGGUCACUUCUACUUCUUCUUUCUCUUGAUAUUUCGUCUUCUAUGUUAUUUAUAAAUACCGUUUAGAAUUACGUGUUUUAGCUGUUAAGUAUUAAUAGACUCGAUGCCGCUCGACGCGCGCGAUUAAAGCUGGAGGAUUGGUUAUAAAUGUUAAGAAAUGGGUCUUCCGGCAAGAAGCGACGCAGUUGUUAUUUUUCGAAAUAACCGAUUUCGUCCUUUUUUCCUUCAUUAACGGUUAUAAUCAGUAUUAUAAUAAGUAGGAAACGAAAUUGCACGUUCUUGCGAUUAUAAACUCAAAUUGAUCAAAUUUUUAUAAUAAAAUUUUUAAUCCGUUGUUCAUUUUUGUUUGGAAUCUUUUUUUUUUUUUUUUUUUUUUUUUUUUAUAUAUAACUUAAUAUAUAAAUUAACGAAACCACGUAUUAUAUCGGGCUAAAGUUUUAAGUUUCGAUGAUUGAAACGCUCGAACGUUAAAUUCUUAGAAGAUAGCUUUAUUAUCUAUGCAAAAUGAAAUAUUUUAUUACUCAACGUAUUUAAAUAUAGAGCGAUAGGAGUCGAUACGGUUCGAUCGACUUAAAAGUAAUUUUUAAACUAAAGCAAUACUGGAGAUUUUCUAGUUAUAAAGUAUUCAUAGUUAGAGGAAAACAUAAUUUAAUUUAGUGAUUGAUUGGCGCUUCUUGUCCGAGGACUCGGUAACAAGGUAUUGUUCAAAUGAGAUUCGUGGACGACGUAACGUGCAACCCGAUUACCUCGAUUUUAGAAAAACUUACUAGAGCAAAAGAGUACACACGGUUCACCCUACGAAUCGUUCGAUCGAACGGGUGAACGAAAUGCGAGACGAUAUUCAAUCGACCACAGCAUUCCAGAAACGCCUGUGUGCAAGCUUGUUUGCGAAACGUAAAAAAAAAAGAAAAGAAAAAAAAAAAAAAAGAAAAAAAGAAAAAAAAAUAUAUAUAUAUAUUAUAUAUUUUAUAUAGAAAUGAGGAGAAAAUUACGUGGAUACCUCCUCGCCUGAUGUUCAUACUAAACGUAACACUUCUUUUUUUUUUGUACGAUUAAUUUAUUGAAGUACGAUCACGAUGCCAUUUUACAGCUCGAGUUUAUAAGAAACAAUUACGAUAAACAACAAUUUAUUGAACAACGAAUAAUCAAAGUGUGGGAAAUUUCUUAUUAUGUAAUUUUUUUUUCAAAAGGUUUGAAAAAUGUAGAAACAAAAUUAUAUAGGUGUAUGUAUGUAUAGAGCGCGAAAUUUCUCGUCUAAUAACUUUGUUCAUUUUUAUCUAUUUUUAUUGUUACAUUUGCAUCUUGACGCGAUAUAUAUAUAUAUAUAUAUAUAUAUAUAUUGUUAUAUAUUGCGUGAUAGAUGCUUUUUUCUCGAGAGAACGAAAAGAGCCAAGAUUUAUAUUCAUCGAAAAAAGAAAAAAGAAAAAAGAAAAAAAAAACAAACAAAAAAAAUAACUAUUAUAAUUUUAAACGGAGGCCAAUGUUGUAGAAGAAGGAAACAAAUUGUACAUAUAUAAAAAUCAGAUACGAGUAAUAGUAUUACAUAUCGAUUUAUCGUGCUAGGGAAAAAGAAUUUUCUUUCUUUUUCCUUUCUUUUUUUUUUUUUUUUUUCUCUCUCCCUCCCCUCUUUUUCUUUCUCUUUUUCUUUUUGUAUUAAACCAAACAUCACGCGUCGAUAGCCAACGCGCUAUGAUAUACGACACCGACUGACGACUAAUGUACCUAGGACAUAUCAGGACGAAUCAAAUAAAUGAUAUUUAAUACAAAUCGA